UGGCCGAGCGAGAUACGGAGGAACCAAGGACUCACGGUUAACCCUGAAAUUUUGUUGUGAUAUUUGUGUAAUAAAGUUAACUAGUAUUGAGACGUUAACUGAGACCAAGGUACCCCCAUAUCUCACAGAAAGUCCACUUUAAAGUGGCCGAGUGAGAUACGGAGGAACCAAGGGCUCUAGGUUAACCCUGAAAGAGUUAGCAAGUAUUGAGUGUUAGCCGAGACCAAGGUACCCCCAUAUCUCACAGAAAGUCCACUUUAAAGUGGCCGAGUGAGAUACGGCGGAACCAAGGACUCACGGUUAACCCUGAAAUUUUGUUGUGAUAUUUGUGUAAUAAAGUUAACUAGUAUUGAGACGUUAACUGAGACCAAGGUACCCCCAUAUCUCACAGAAAGUCCACUUUAAAGUGGCCGAGUGAGAUACGGAGGAACCAAGGGCUCUAGGUUAACCCUGAAAGAGUUAGCAAGUAUUGAGUGUUAGCCGAGACCAAAGUACCUCCGUAUCUCACAGAAAGUCCGCCUUAGACUGGUUGUUAAGAGAGGAAAUCCUCCACGCGAAGGUCAGGAAUUGAAGUGACCGAGUGAGAUACGGUGGAACCAAGGACUCGCGGUUAACCCUGAAAUAUUGUGUGUAAUAGUAUAAGUUUAAAAAUGGGUAAUGGUAUGGACACCAGUUGUCACCCAGACCGGCCAUUACAUCAGCUAUGUUUCUUGCAUCCAGAAAUGGAGGAGACCUUUAGGCGUAUGUCGGGAGGACUCAUUCAUAAACUGGGGAAGGAUGAAUGGCCUGAAGGGGGUUCCAAGGAUAUGAGUGUGUUAUCAAGAGCCCAAAGUGUAAUAUGGAGAACGGAUUAAAAAAAAAUAUAUAAAAAGGCCAUUCAGUUGUGGAUCGAUCAUUGUAACAAAGAAAAGGCACGGUCUUUAACGGCCAGUUGGCAGAGUAAUGCCUUGAAACUAGGAAUACCCCUGACCGAGGGGGGUCAGGAGAAGUCAGUGACAGUAUUAAAACAGGAAUGCAGGCAUGCUAAGGAAAGUAAGGAUCGUCAGGAGAGAGAGAGACAAAAUAUGGCCAAGGUAGAUAAAGACUUACGUAAGUCGGUGGCUGGCAUAGAUUUGGGAGGUGACGACGAGGAGGAGGUAGAGGAUUAUCCUUGGGGAGUCCGUGGAGCACCCCCGUUGAACCAGCCUGCCCCCGUUGCCAGUCCUGUGUAUCCUCCUGCCCUCUGCGGUAGCCGUAAUCAAAUGUGCGGCCCACACGACAGGAGAUUCCCCAGUCCAAAUCGGUAACAGGUUGGCUGACGAUGCGGCUAAGUGUGCUUCACGCGGUAGAUUUAAAGUGGUGGGUAGUAUGAUGAGGCAGGUGAAAAGCCUUUAUAUGGGCUCGUCUGAAUCUGAGAAACCUAUGCCAACCAUAAAUGAUGUAUUGCUCUUACAGGGGGACGCCUCUGCUAAUGUUAUAAUGGAAUGGGAGCAGCUGGGCUGUCGGAAGGCUGACUCUGGAUUGUGGCUCACGCCGGCCGGACAGACCUGUAUGACAGACCAGUUAGCGACCUGGGUCGUUGAUUGCCUACAUUUAGCCACUCACUGUGGGGCCACCUUGCUAGUAGACGCUCUCUUACAGGCAUGGUGGCAUCCUCGACUUAAGGUUUUGGCAGCCCAAACUAGUGCACGGUGCCUCACCUGUGCUACACACAACCCUGGUAAAGGAGUUGUCUGCCAGACGGGUCGUACUCCAUUACCUACUGCUCCGUUUGAAACCUUACAGAUGGAUUUUAUUGAUUUGCCUAAGUGUCAGUGUUAUAAACAUGUACUUGUUAUUGUUGAUGUGUUUUCUAGAUGGAUUGAAGCCUUUCCAACCACUGAUUGCACUGCCUCUACGGUGGUGUCUAUUUUAUUACGGCAGGUUGUUCCUCGCUUUGGGGUUCCAAACACCAUCAGUUCGGAUAACGGCCCUCACUUCAUUGCCGCUAUCAAUAAAGAAUUGUACCGACAGCUGGGCGUAACCCAGCGGCUGCAUUGUGCUUAUCGCCCACAGGCUGCAGGAAUGGUGGAACGCUUGAACCAGACCCUGAAGACCAAGCUUGCCAAGCUGGUGGACCAAUCAGGCUCCACCUGGGUUAAAAUGUUGCCUGUUGCUUUGUUCCAGAUCAGAGUCCUUCCAGCAGGGAAGACAAGGUUGUCUCCUGCAGAGAUCAUCUAUGGCCGACCUCUGCGCACCCCUUGGACAGACAUUAUCCCGGCCACAAUGACGUUGCAUCACAUGACGGAGGAGAUGAUACGAAAUAAAUCACUGAGAUCAGGGUCUUUGUGGCAUUAAUAUGUGUGGCGACCACUGCCGGGUUAAUCGGUUUUGGCUGGAAAUGGACAAAGCCUGAACACGGACGGAACAAACGAGGAAAAGAGAGGGGAACGAGAAAACUCCAAUUUAUUCAUCCAGGCACACAACGAGCUAUUCGGGAAGGGGCAGGUGGUUUGUUAUCCACAAAUGACAUCAGUUACCUCCCUGUUUACCCCAUCCCCUGCAUGGGGCAGAACUGAACGACUGGUGAAGUGCCAGGACAAAAAAAAACGGUCCCUGUCAAGCCCGAUUAAUGGUGGCCUUAUUGGGUUUGGGGACCACCCCCGAGGAAGCUAAAAGUUCUGUACGAAUGAUGGUCUUACAGCGUGAGCAGCAGAGACUGUUACCAUUCCCCAACGACAGCGAAAACGAUGAAGUGAGUGAGGAAGGAGAAUUAGGGGACAAAGGUCAGACGGUCCAAGAAGCCUUGGCCAGGGAACUAAAAGGUUACGAGAUUCGGCGAAUGGGACUUUUAAAUGGACUAUGAGUGUUGCCAUAAGAAUGGCAAAAGGGGGGAAUGAUGAAUAGAAAUUCUGAAUCAAUGUUAUAAGAUUGUUCUGAAAGACAAAAUGGUUGGCCAGGUAGACUGAAACAAAGGACAUAAGAUGGCUGCUGACCAGACUUGCUGGAACAGGCUGCAAUUAAGGAAUACACAAUGUCUUGCAGUUACUGUGUAGUCAUGAAUAAAGGAUCACAGGCCCAGUCUGACAAGAUUGAGGAAUACACAACCUCCCCCCCUAGCCAGGAAGACUGAGGAAUGUACUGGUCUGAGAUUAUGUGUGGUUCCUCUUUCAUCCCCUUAUAUGUACAUACUUGGUUUCCUGUAUUCUUCGUACCUGUCGGUUCUUUGAUCAGGGGAAUGUGGGAGGUGCUAAACGGUGGUAUUAACAUAUAAAGAGCCUUGCAAUUAAGGGCAGGCAGCUUGACUCUUUGCCAGGUUGUAACCUGUGUGGAGACUCCUGCUCA